AUGAAAUAUCUUCCACUAGUGAUGGCAUUGUUGUGCUUGACUGCCCUUUCAAGAGUAGAAACUGUACAAGAGUUAUUAGAAUAAACUAAGGAGUAAUAUCAUUUAGAAUAAGAUAUUGAUACUCUUAAAUCAAUGCUUGAAGCUGAGUUGGGCAUUAAGUAAGAGAAGGAGACAUCAAAUUAGCUCCCAUCUAUUGCAAAAGGUAUUGGAAUAUAAUAUUAAGAAGAUUCCAUAUCAUAGUCUAUAUUGUUAGCUAAAGUAAUGAAAUCUCAAUACAACUUAAACAAUAGUACUUAUCCCAAUAGCACUUAUCCCAAUAGUACUUAUCCAAAUAGCACUUAUCCCAAUAGCACUUAUCCCAAUAAUACUAAUCCAAAUAGCACUUAUCCCAAUAGUACUUAUCCAAAUUCAACUUACAAUUACACAUAUCAAUCAUAUUCAACCUCAUAUCCAACCUAUAGUAACUCAAGCAACUCAUCAAAUACAUCUAAUACUACUAAUGGAUCAAAUGGAUCUUAUCCUUACAGUAACCUCACCUACAACUAUGCUUAUCCCUCCACUUCUAAUAGUUCCAGCAAUUCCUCAUCCUACAAUACCACCAAUUAGACAUCAACUAUUAACUAUACCAAUGGUUCCUCAAAUUACAACAGCACAAGAAAUAGUAGAUACAUUCCAUCAAGACUAUAAUUAAGAGUUAGAAACAAUUAAAAUUUGGUAUAGGGAUAACUCAAAAAUAACACCCAAAAUGUUACUUUUUACAACACAACAAGUGGAACUUACGAAAGUGUAGUUAUUUAUAAUAACACUGAAAUUUAUUAAAAUCAAACUGAAUCUUACUAUUAUUACUAUGAGAAUAACACCUUGGUUACUUUAGACAGACAAUAUGAUGAUUUUGGUAAUGUGGUAUACAGAAACUUCAACUUUAAUUAUUCUUUGAUCGUAGCCUAGAACUCUACAAACUCAAAUUUCAACAGCUAAUAACAAGCCUUUGGAACACUCGUUCUUACAAAUCAAACAUUUUCAGGAUAAUUUAAUAGGUAUGGAAAUAACUAUGGAAGUGUAUAUUCAAACGACAACAGUAAUAACUAUUAUUAUGAUUAAAAUAAUUAAUUUUAAGGAAAUGCACAAUACUCUAAUGAAGUAGGAAAUUAUUCAUUUAAUGGUAACGACUAUGGAGGUUCAUAUUAAUAUCAAUAGAAUGGAUCCGAAUCCUAUUCGGAUACAUAUAAGUAUAACAAUUAUAGAAAUGGCUUUGUUGGUGCAGACAUUAACCAAAAUACUUCAAACAGUUACUAAAGUUAAACUUAUAGCCAAUCUUAAUACUAGUUAGACAGUAAUUAUAGAGAAGGAAAUAACUCAUCAAUUUAUUAAAAUCAAUUGAACCAAACUAAUAACUAUGCAACCCAAAGUAGUUCUUAAAAUAGAGCAAAUGAUACCAUUUCAAAUUCUCAAUCUGCCUAUGUAUACUAAAGUUAAGGAUAAUAUAAUAGCACCAUCAUCAAUCAUGAUCAAUAUACAGCAAGUGAUAACAAUCAAAAAGGUACAUAGUUUGAAGCAACUUAUUAUAACUCAACUUCUAAUAGUGAUUAUGGUACCAACUAUGAUAAAUUGAAUUAUAACUAUACUAUUAAUGAGAACAAUGGAAAUUAUAUCGAAAAUUCCAGCAACUCUUCUGGAAAUACCAACUUAACCGUUGAAAGUAUUUCAGGAACCCAAGCAAGAAAUGUUUACGAUUAUGACAACUAAACUUUUUCAUAUAUAUCCGGAUCAAAUCAAGACAUUCUUAACAAUACAAAUUCAUAAUACGUUAGCGGACCAAAUACUACAGUUACCACUGUUGAUUCCUAUGUUACAACUAGGAAUUCUAAUAAUUAUAAAAAUAAUGAUGAACCUAUCAAUUUUAGUGGUGAAUAAUAGACAACCCACACUUAAUCAACAAUAGAAUAGUCAAGAUAAUAAUUCAAUCAAUUAAGAGGUUCAAAGAAAUAAGCCUCAGGAUCUUGGAGAUAAAUUGAAACCGCAGAACUUUAACAAUCUAAUUCAAUGAUCAUUGAAGAAGCCAUUAAUGAAAUUAAUACUAAGUUCAAUCCUUAAUAAGAUGGAUAUCAGUUCGAUUCAGUUAUGAGCGUUUAAGAAUAAAUUGUUUCAGGUAUCAACUACAAGAUAUAUUUAAAUUAUUCAAAUCCAGAGUUUGAAUAAUAGAUAUAUGAAGUAAUCAUUUAUUCAAUGUAAUUUUAUUAAUUUAAUUUUAGUCCCUGGUAAAACAGAUCCAAUCAAAUUGUCAAAUCAAUUAGAUUCGAUUAGGUAGAAAAUUGAAAUAAAUGAUUAUAUCAAUAAAA